UCCCUGCUGAAGUGACAAAGAAGUCUCCCAUGUGACAGCCCAGGUGGCUUCAAGCAAGAGAGGACCUCACUUUGAGCUGAUGGAGCACCAGGCUUCCCACACCCUCUCUAUCCCCAGCUGAGAUUAUGGAUCGGGGCCUUGGCCCAGGCCUGGGUCUCCUGUCACUGACCCAGCCCCGGAGCCUUUAGCAAGAGACCUACAGGAGACCACCACCCACCCCCGCUCCCACCAGGGGCCUGGGGCUGGCCAGUGACUAUGCGGCUUGGACUGUGUGUGGUGGCCCUGGUUCUGAGCUGGACACACCUCGCCGUGGGCAGCCGCGGGAUCAAGGGCAAGAGGCAGAGGCGGAUCAGCGCUGAGGGGAGUCAGGCCUGCGCCAAGGGCUGUGAGCUCUGCUCCGAAGUCAAUGGCUGCCUCAAGUGCUCGCCUAAGCUCUUCAUCCUGCUGGAGAGGAACGACAUCCGCCAGGUGGGCGUCUGCUUGCCGUCCUGUCCACCUGGAUACUUCGACGCCCGCAACCCUGACAUGAACAAAUGCAUCAAAUGCAAGAUUGAGCACUGUGACGCCUGCUUCAGCCACAACUUCUGCACCAAGUGUCAGGAGGGCUUGUACUUGCACAAGGGCCGCUGUUAUCCAGCCUGUCCCAAGGGCUCCACAGCAGCCAAUGCCACCAUGGAGUGCAGCAGUCCUGCACAAUGUGAAAUGAGUGAGUGGUCCCUGUGGGGCCCCUGUUCUAAGAGAAAGAAGCUGUGUGGCUUCCGGAAGGGCUCUGAAGAGCGCACUCGCAGGGUGCUCCAUGCGCCUGGAGGGGACCAUGCGGCCUGCGCCGACACCAAGGAGAGCCGGAAGUGCACAGUGCGCAGGACGCCGUGUCCUGAAGGACAGAAGAGGAGAAAGGGGGGCCAGGGCCGGCGGGAGAACGGCCACAGAAGCACAGCUAGGAAGGACAGCAAGGAGCCGGGCUCCAGCUCUCAGAAGCGCAGAGGGCAGCAGCAGCCACGGCCGGGGACAGUGGGGCCCCUCACGCCUGCAGGACCCACCUAAGCCCAGCAUGUAGCCUCGGGGCCCGUGAGGAAGAAUCCAGUGUUGCUCCCCAUGGUGAAAGCUUCCCAGAACUGGGGCGCUGGAGCAACAUGUCCACGUAUGCUCUACCCAUCCAUCCAUCCAUCCAUGCACACACACAGCUACACCCAAAUGUGCAAGCAGAAACACACACACACACACAAAACUGAGGCCACCAGAAGACACUUCCAUCCCACUUGUGGCCCGGCAGUACACAUUUGGUUUAUGAUGCAGCCAGAGGACCUGUCCAUGAGAACCUUCCCAGCACCAAAACCCAACCUUUGCAGAGUGGAGCCUCCUGGAGGAGCUGCUGGGAUGGCACCUGCCAGGUGGCUCUGGGACCUUGAGAGAGAAGGCUUCCUCUUGCCCUUUGUGGCAAUCUCAGCUGUGUGACUUGAUCACUGGAGAGAGUCCUUACACAUCUGUGGUACAUGCCAGGGUUGA